UGUACCGCGUCGGCCGCGCCCGGCACCGCGUUCUCAAAUAUCGAAUUACGGAUGUUUAAAUCGAAUAAGUGCUAGUGGUGUGUGUUGUGUGCAAUGGAUGCGUUUAUGUGUGUAUGUUCCGUUUUUCCAUGUGACUGUACUUGGACUAGCGUAAUGAUUGUACAUUAGACGCAGAGCGGGACACAAAAAUGGUAUACUUAUAGCAUCAAGCAGAACUGGUGGAGAACAAAAUGCUAAUACUGAUCCUUGUGCACUUCGUAUCGCUCCCCGUACUGACGUCCCGAGUGAGAGGUGACACGAUGGAAGAGAAGACGCAACCGUUCAUAAGCUCCAGAGUGGUCAGGACAAAGUACGGUGACAUCAGAGGCUUCAUAGUGACACCAGAAUCGAGGUUUCUAGAACCAGUCGAAGUGUUCCGAGGUGUACCUUACGCGUCUCCACCAGUUGGCUCUCUGAGAUUCAUGCCGCCAGUGUCUGGAGCACAAUGGUCUGGUGUCAAAAUAGCAGAAGAGUUCAGCCCGGUUUGUCCGCAAGUUCUGCCAGAUAUUCGGAAUGAAACGGCAGUUCUGAAGAGGAUAUCCAAGGGCAGACUCGAGUAUUUGAAGAGGAUAUUGCCGUUCCUGACUAAUCAGUCCGAAGACUGUCUGUAUUUAAAUAUCUACGCACCAGCGCAAGCAGGUGUACGGGACGCAGUGGCCAGGUACCCAGUGCUGGUCUUCGUCCACGGAGAGAGCUAUGAGUGGAGCUCCGGGAACCCGUACGAUGGCACCGUGCUGGCGUCGUACGCUGGCCUCGUGGUUGUGACGAUAAACUAUAGGUUGGGGAUAUUGGGUUUCCUCAACCCCCGUUCAGACGACUUCCCGCGGUCCCCAGCGAACUACGGGAUCAUGGACCAGAUAGCCGCCCUCCACUGGAUCAAGGAGAACGUGGCUGUCUUCGGGGGAGACCCCACUAAUGUGACUCUCAUGGGCCAUGGGACGGGGGCAGCGUGUGUCCACUUCUUGCUGACUUCUUUGGCUGUGCCAGAAGGUCUCCUCUUUCACAGAGCAAUCCUCAUGUCUGGAUCAGGUCUAAGUCCCUGGUCGUUAGUAGCAGAUCCGAAUAAAUAUGCAGCUAUUGUUGCUACUCAUGCUAAUUGCUCGCCAGAUUUAACUCCGCCCGCGUUACUAAGAUGUCUUCGAGAGCGUCCACUAGAAACUUUGCUGUCAGCACCAGUUAAGGCACCUGACUUCUCUUACGCAUUUGGGCCAAGCGUCGAUGGUGUUGUUAUAGAUACAGGGGACAUGAUGGCCAAUCCAGAAUCGGGGUAUGACUGGCAGUUGACUCGGGCUCUAAACGGCAAGCCAGCCACUGCUGUCAACAUCAUCAAUGCUGUUCUGAUGCGGGAGAGCGCUGUCAAUCAGCUUACCAAAUAUGACCUCAUGCUCGGAGUGACGAAAGCAGAAGCAUACUUCGCGUUCAGUGGGGACGAUAUUCUCUUCGGUAUAGAAGCCGAUAGACGAUCCAAGAUCCUCAAAGCCUUCGUGAGGAACACCUACAGCUAUCAUUUAUCAGAAAUCCUGGCCACCAUUAUCAAUGAGUAUACGGACUGGGAGAAACCGGUACAGCAUCCAGUUAAUAUCAGAGACGAAACGCUAGAAGCUCUAAGUGACGCCCAGGUGGUCGCGCCUAUAGUGUUAACAGCCGAUACACAUUCGGCAUUACGAAGAAACUCUUAUUUGUAUGUGUUUGACUAUCAAACGAAGAAUGGAGAUUAUCCACAGCGUCAAGGCUGCAUCCACGGGGAGGACCUGCCGUACAUCUUCGGGGCACCCCUAGUGGGGGGCCUGGCGCACUUUCCCACCAAUUACACGAAAGCUGAGGUAGCACUUUCCGAAUCCGUUAUGCUGUACUGGGGCAACUUCGCUAAGACUGGGAAUCCUAAUGAAGCCCAAGAAAGUGACCCCAUUCGCGAUGGUAGACAAGACAGAAUACGAAUGAAGAAUUUUGAGUGGACCGCGUAUGAAGAGGUUCAUAAACGGUACCUGAAUAUUGACCUGAAGUUUAAACUGAAGAAUCACUACAGAGCACAUAGAUUGUCAUUCUGGUUGAAUCUGAUCCCAGACUUACACCGUCCAGGCGGUGAUGAUGUGCCCCUAUCUCAUCACCAAAUCGAGCAUGAAGAUUCGUCCCUUCAACCCACAAUAAAGACUUUCACGCCAUCAUUCAAGAAAGCUACCGAAAUGAUCUUACCUGAUUCAGCUACAAAGGUUCCAUUAUUGUCACUUUUGAAUGUCACUGCCCCAAUGAACUUUAAUGUAAUCGGCAAUGCUGUAACUCAAAGUACUUCAGUAUCUGAAAUUCACAAAUCUGAUACACACAGUACAUCUCCACCAGAAGAUGGUUUCGCAGCAUAUUCCACAGCAUUGAGCGUAACAAUAGCCAUCGGCUGCUCCCUUCUAAUUCUUAACGUCCUAAUUUUUGCUGGUGUAUACUACCAAAGAGAUAAAACUAGAAUGAACGGUCAAGGCGACCACACGAACGCACAUUUGAAGAAACGAGUAGAAAACGGACAAAUGCCGAACAACAUUUGUGGCGAUUUAGAAAGCGCACUGUCUUUCCAAACAAGUUUAAAAAACGAUCCAGCUACUAUUCUAAGUCAUCAUCAUACGCAUCACCACCAACUGCCUCCUCCAGAAUUUGCUGAUCUCCCCAGCAAUAACGUAUCUGGAAUGGCCACUUUGCCACGCGCGCCACCACCUCCUAAAAUAGGAAAGACCAAUAUAAAUACAUUAGCUAGUGGACAAUUGCAGGAGAAUCAGCCUCUCCUAUCGCAUCAGAUGCAAAUGAUAAAUACGAAUACGUUGACAAAGAAGAACACGCAACUGAACGCAAAGUCGAAUGUGACCAUGGAGGAGCUGCGGGUGUGACGUCAGCGAGCUUGACUGCAGCGAACCGGCAGCUGCAGUGACAUGCGGCAUCACGACGAGAUCGUGUGACUCCAGCCGGACCUUCUGCAGGGCGUGUCGGAUUAUAUCUAAUAAUCACGCUCUUUUAGAAGGUUUAAAGACUAUGAACUGUGAAGUUGGUUUAGGAAAUAUAGUGAUCGUGAGUUUUCAAUGAACUAUAACUGAUAUAACUGUAUACGCAAUAAUGUUACGACGUCUUUCGAUAGAGGUGUCUAAACCGUGAACAUUCGUGAUUAUAAAUUAAUAGGAAAUGUAGUGUUAUUAUUAUCAUAAUUGCGGAAAAACGAAUUCGUAAGUGACCGCAUUAAAAGAUAUAAAGACUCGUUUUUAGAAAGCGAUAUUAACAGUGAAGUGUUUAAUAAUAAGAUAGUGAUACUCAUAUUGAUAGAUACGAUAUUGAGUUGUGGUAUUGAACAAUGUUAAAUAAACAUUGAAUUCGAUGUACAUUUUUUGUAUAUAGUGUAAGUGUAAAAUAUUGUAAAUAUUCGGCUAAGCCAUAUCCAAGGUAAGCAAUGUAACUCGAAUAGUAAAUAAAUUAUGAUGUCGAAUAUUGGAUAAAGUUUAGUAAAAGGAAUAAAAUGUUUGAUUUGCUCAAGAGUGAGUUUGAUGUAUAGAAUGUUGAUCACGAAAUUUCUAAACAAACCAAUUACUAGAUAAUGAAUUGUGAGGAGUUAUUUACAGAUGAUGUUAGAUGAAAGAUUAAGAAUUAAAGCCCUUUUUAAAUAACCAAAUUUACCUUUCAUUUUGUUUUGUUUGAAGAAUUUUUUUUUGCCAUGAUAGAGUAAAAAACAAUUUGAACUUUCAUGUCAAUCAAAUUAACGAUCUAAUUGGUUUCUAUUUGAAAUUAUAUACCAGGAAUGAGAUAAUUAGUUUUAAUUAUUUUAACAUAGACGGACCAAUAGUUUGUGUAAAUAUGUAUAUAGAAUUAGAAACGGAAUAACAGGUUGUAAUGAUCAUGUUACCAAUGUUUAUCUUGUAUCAAAUUAACCCUUUACUGACUGAAUAGUACUUGACACCAGAAAACUUUGUUUAAUAUAUCUGUCCCUGAUUAAACUUUUAAUGUAUUUUCCAUGUAUGUUUGUUCUCAUUUUAUAAAAUUUCAAUAACUUAGUCAUCUUUUUAGUAACAACUUGAAACUUCUAUUUCUCUACUUCUAAAUUUUGUUACGUUAGUAUAUGUAAUGAAAACAUUGUGACCUAAAACAUACCCUUGGGAGACACUUAAAGCUGUCAAUUUACUAAAACUUGUCACCGCAAGAAAAAGCAAUAUGAAUAAAAAUCUUUAUGUAAUUCAGUAUGAUUAUUUUCAAUUUUGUAACUCUUAUUUUUUUAGCAAAUACAUUUUUAUCUACAACAGUAAACUCAAUGUUAAAAGAUCUAUUUAUAUUUCCCUGGA